UUCGAAUCUUACGGUGGUGAUUUAGUUUACACUACAUUCAAACAUCGCCGAAACAAGUCUAGUUUUUAAAGCGCUCCGCUCGAAGCACAUUAAUUAUUAUGUGAGGUGAAGUGUUGAAUUAUAGUAUACAGACGAGGUAUCUCAUAAGCAGAAAUGGACAAGAUAUCUUUUACGAUAAACGGCGAGCACUUCUCACUAUCGGGUUCGGAAGUGUCUGCGUCCACCACUCUCAAUGAUUACCUCAGGAACAACCUUGGCCUUGUGGGAACGAAGGCAAUGUGCCAUGAGGGUGGUUGCGGCGCCUGCAUCGUUACGGUCGCCAAAAAUCACCCAACCACUAAUGGGAGGCAAAUAGUUGCGGUUAAUUCCUGUUUGGUUCAUAUUUUAUCCUGUCAUGAGUGGGAUAUAACAACCAUCGAGGGGGUUGGCAACCGAAAAGAUGGAUAUCACAACCUGCAAACAAGAUUAGCUAAAUUCAACGGCACCCAAUGUGGUUACUGCACCCCAGGGAUGAUCAUGAAUAUGUAUAGUCUCCAAAAAGGAGCGGACAAACCACUGACAACGAAGGAAAUAGAAAGAGCCUUCGCAGGUAACAUUUGCCGCUGUACCGGAUAUCGUUCGAUACUUGACGCCUUCAAAACCUUUUCCACCGAUGACUAUGACGAUGGGUUGCAGGAUCUAGAGGAAUUGCACGAAAUAAGAUGCAAGAAGAAAAACAGUAUUUGCUACAACAAAGACGACUGGUGCUUCCUUGAUAGGAGCGAUGAGUUGAUGAACAUCACGGUGGAUCCGAACAAGUGGUACAAAGCAUUUUCUGUAGAAGACAUAUUUAAGGUACUCAACAAAGAAGGUGCGGAUAGUUACCAACUGGUUGGUGGUAAUACAGGAAAAGGUGUUUACCCCAACCCUGUUGAGCCAAGGGUCCAUAUAGACAUCUCAUCUGUAGACGCCCUUAAAGACGUGUACAAAGAUGUCAAUCUUGUGCUCGGAGUAGGACUGUCGCUAUCUGAAUUGAAGAUAAUAUUUGAGAAAGAAAUGAAAAACGAAGAAUUUAGUUACUUAAGCAAAUUUCGUGAUCACUUGGAGCUUGUAGCCAGUAUCCCAGUAAAAAACAUUGGCACUAUUGGAGGGAAUUUGGCGCUCAAGAACGCUCAUCCUGAAUUUCAAUCGGAUAUUUUUAUCAUGUUUGAAACCGUAGGUGCGACUGUCACAAUAGUUGAUAAAACUCUCAAGAAAACGGAGAUAAAUUUAGAGAACUUUUUAAAAUUGGAUUUGACCAGCAGACUGAUGCUUAACGUGAAACUACCUCCCUUGUCCCAACACAACUUAAUCAGAACUUAUAAGAUAAUGCCACGCGCCCAAAACGCUCAUGCAAUUGUGAAUGCUGGGUUUAAUUUUCUUCUGGGAUCAGACAAGAAGAUUACAAGAGCUUCUGUAAUCUACGGUGGUAUUAGUUCCACGUUCACCCACGCUACAAACGUGGAAAGUAUGUUGAAGGGACUGGAACUUUUCAAAGAUGAAACUCUUAAAAAAGCCUUAUACAUAUUACAACAAGAGCUGGUACCUGUGGAGUUGCCACCAGAAGCUUCUCCUUUUACUAGAAAAGCAAUCGCGUUAGGACUUUUUUACAAGGCAAUGCUUUCAUUAAGUCCGUCCGUGAGUCCGCGGUUCGCCUCGGGCGGUACCGACCUUAUUAGACCCGUAUCAAGCGGUACUCAGACGUAUGACACGGACAAGAGCUUGUGGCCUCUAAAUCAGCCUGUACCAAAAUUAGAAGCGUUGACACAAUGUUCCGGUGAGGCUUUGUAUUCCUGUGACGCUGCUUCCCCGCGCGAAGCUCACGUAGCUUUCGUUCUGUCGUCUGUGUGUAUUGGAGAUAUUGUGGGAUUCGAUGCCAGUGAGGCCAUGAAAAUUCCUGGAGUUCUAGCAUUUUAUACGGCUAAGGACAUUCCAGGCGUAAACAGCUGUGUUGCCAGCGAAUUUUAUGGUCUCGAUUUAAAAGAGGAAAUCCUAGCGAGUAGAAGGGUUAUGUAUUACGGUCAGCCAGUUGGUGUUGUAGCAGCGGUUACCAGAAAACUUGCAUUGAGAGCAGCCGGUCUCGUAAAGGUUUCUUAUAAACAGGAUCCCUCCAAACCUGUCCUCAGCAUAGAAGACGCGCUAAAUGCUCCCGAUAAAGACAAGCGGAUCCGUCAAGACGUAACAAUUAAAGCGAAAGUAAAAGGAACAGACGUAACUCGUACUGUGAGAGGUGAUUUUAAAAUCCCUGAUCAGUAUCACUUCACGAUGGAGGCUCAAAGCUGUAGGGUCACGCACUCGAGACGAGGUCUGAAAAUACGGGCAGCGACCCAGUGGAUGGAUUUGGUGCAAGUAGCCAUAGCACGAAGUCUGCAACUACCUAAUAAUAGAGUUGACGUGGAAGUGGAACGUAUUGGCGGUGGGUACGGGGGCAAGGCUUCGCGGUCGAGUGUGGUGGCGUGCGCAUGCGCACUUGUUGCUUACAAACUCAACAAGGACGCAUCCUUCGUACUGCCGAUAACUGACAACAUGGAGGUUAUAGGAAAACGACACCCUGCGUAUCUUAAUUACGAGAUUGGUGUUAACGAUAACGGACUAAUUCAAUACGCAAAUAUAAAUUACUAUUCCGAUACUGGUUACCUUUACAACGAAGCGCAAGCGCAGGCUAUAUCAGGCCCCUUGACAAACUUGUAUGACACCUCUAGGUGGAACAUAUCAGGGUACAGCGUUCUCACUGACAAGGCGAGUAACACUUGGUGUAGGGCACCUGGAACAACCGAAGCUAACGCGAUGCUGGAACACAUCAUGGAGAGAAUAGCUCACGCCACUAACAGAGACUCAAUCGCUGUUCGCAAAGCCAAUUUGGCGUUGGAACAUAGCGCGCUCAGUGAUAUGAUUGACAAAUUCGUUACGGACUCUCGAUACAAGGAACGUGAAGCCGACAUUGAGACAUUUAAUACCAACAACGCCUGGAAGAAAAGGGCCAUGAAGCUAUCUAUAAUGUCCUUUCCGUUAGAAUAUUACGGGAACUUCUCUGUGGUAAUAUCAGUCUUUCACGGUGAUGGGACAAUAUUGAUAUCUCACGGUGGGAUAGAGAUGGGACAAGGAAUCAACACGAAGAUAGCUCAAGUGUGCGCCUACAGUCUCAAAGUGCCGUUGAAAAUGGUGGCAGUGAAAGGGGCCGAUAAUUUCAUAUCCCCGAAUAACAUGGCGAGCAGUGGAAGUAUUACUAGCGAGUGUGUUGCAUUCGCAACCAUCAAAGCCUGCGACGAGUUACUGAGCCGCCUGGAACCGGUCAGGCUGGAGUUGAAAGAACCCACUUGGGAAGAAGUUGUCAAGGCUGCUCAUAACAAAGGCAUAGACCUACAAGCGAGCUCGUCCUGGUCUUUGUUAGACGAUGUGAAGGGCUAUUCAAUAUACGGGAUAGGUUCUUUGGAGGUGGAACUAGACGUGUUGACCGGAGUAUCUCUCAUCAGAAGAGUGGAUUUAUUGGAAGACACUGGCAGAAGCAUGAACCCGGAAGUGGACGUAGGACAGAUCGAAGGGGCGUUUAUAAUGGGAUUGGGUUUGUGGACGUCAGAGAAGUUAAUAUAUGACGAGACUGGGAAGCUAUUGACCAAUCGCACUUGGAGCUACAAACCGCCCGGCGCCUGCGACAUCCCGAUCGACUUCAGGAUCACCUUUAAAAGAAACUCGUAUAACAACAACGGUGUUCUGAGGUCUAAAGCGACCGGAGAGCCAGCUCUUGUGUUAUCCGUCGUGGUAGCUCUGGCGUUGCAUGACGCCAUUUUGGAAGCACGGAAAGAAUAUGGAUACGUGGAUGUAGACUGGUUACAUGUGGACACACCGUACACCGUGGACAACAUAAUUAGAGCAAUUUCUCCCAACAUCAACAGCUACAGAUUAAAAUGAAAUGACUUAUAAUAAAAUGUCUGAUGAUAGCUGUUUCAUAUAUGUUUGUUGUUAUUAUAAAGCAAAUAAAAAGUAUUUUU